AUGAUUACUUUAAGUGAAAAACUGAUACUGGAUUGCAGCAAAGGGAUCUCCAAAGUUGCUCAGAUUCUUAAAGGUGGAUUUGGUUCUCCAAGCCUCAGUGCUGUGCUGCAGCAUGCUUCAAAGCAAAAGAUACUUUUGAAAUCAGGUUUUUCACUUCCAGAUCUUACUGAGCAGUUUUCACCUCCUGAUAUUGCUCCUCCAAUCCUUAUCAAGAUAGUGGAGACAAUUGAAAAGAAAGGUCUGGAUUGUCCAACUUUGUAUGGAACACAAGGCUCAAGCAGUUCAGCAGAAUUGAGACAAAUUCUUGAAAGUGAUAUUUCUUCUUUGGAUUUAGAGACAUUUGAUGUGCCUAAUUUAUCAGAUGCUCUCAAGAGGUAUCUCCUGGACCUGCCAAAUCCCAUCAUUCCAGCAGCUGUUUACAGUGACAUGAUUUCUGCAGCUCAAGAAGUGCAGAGCUCAGAGGAAUAUGCUCAGUUGCUGAAGAAACUCAUCAGAUCUCCAAAUAUACCUCCCCAGUAUUGGCUCACACUCCAAUAUUUGCUCAAACAUUUCCUCAGACUUUGUCAAGCCUCCAGCAAAAAUCUCUUGAAUGCAAGGUCUCUAGCUGAAAUUUUCAGCCCUCUGCUUUUCAAAUUCCAGAUAGCAAGCUCUGAUAAUACUGAACACCACAUAAAAAUCUUGGAGGUUUUAAUCACAAGUGAAUGGAAUGAGAGACAGCCUGUACCAGCACUGCCUCCUAAGCCACCAAAACCUAGUACUGUGACUAACAACGGUAUGAAUAACAACAUGUCAUUACAAGAUGCUGAAUGGUACUGGGGAGAUAUCUCAAGGGAAGAAGUAAAUGAGAAGCUUCGAGAUACUGCUGAUGGUACCUUUUUGGUACGAGAUGCUUCAACCAAAAUGCAUGGGGAUUAUACCCUUACACUAAGGAAAGGAGGAAAUAACAAAUUGAUCAAAAUAUUCCACCGAGAUGGGAAAUACGGUUUUUCUGACCCACUAACUUUCAACUCUGUGGUCGAGCUAAUAAACCACUACCGGAAUGAAUCUCUAGCCCAAUAUAAUCCUAAACUGGAUGUAAAAUUACUGUAUCCAGUAUCUAAGUACCAGCAGGAUCAAGUAGUAAAAGAGGAUAGCAUUGAAGCAGUGGGAAAGAAAUUACAUGAAUAUAAUACCCAGUUCCAAGAAAAAAGUCGAGAAUAUGACAGACUCUAUGAAGACUAUACAAAAACAUCUCAGGAAAUUCAAAUGAAGAGAACAGCUAUUGAAGCAUUUAAUGAAACAAUAAAAAUAUUUGAAGAGCAAUGCCAGACACAAGAAAGAUACAGUAAGGAAUACAUUGAAAAAUUUAAACGUGAAGGAAAUGAGAAGGAAAUACAAAGAAUUAUGCACAACUAUGAAAAAUUGAAGUCUCGAAUAAGUGAAAUUGUGGACAGCCGACGUAGAUUAGAAGAGGAUUUGAAGAAGCAAGCAGCAGAAUAUAGAGAGAUAGACAAGCGUAUGAACAGCAUUAAGCCAGACCUGAUACAGCUGAGGAAAACAAGAGACCAGUAUUUAAUGUGGCUGACUCAAAAAGGUGUUCGGCAGAAGAAGCUUAAUGAAUGGCUGGGCAAUGAAAAUACAGAAGACCAAUACUCCAUGGUAGAAGAUGAUGAGGACUUGCCGCAUCAUGAUGAGAGAACAUGGAAUGUGGGGAAUAUCAAUAGAAGCCAAGCUGAAAAUCUGCUGCGGGGCAAGCGAGAUGGAACAUUCCUCGUUCGAGAGAGCAGCAAACAAGGCUGUUAUGCUUGCUCUGUCGUGGUGGAUGGAGAAGUAAAGCACUGUGUGAUAAACAAAACACCUACUGGGUAUGGAUUUGCAGAGCCAUAUAACUUGUACAACUCGCUGAAAGAACUGGUGCUACAUUAUCAACACACGUCGCUUGUGCAGCACAAUGACUCUCUCAAUGUCACACUAGCCUACCCAGUAUAUGCACAGCAGAGGCGAUGAAGAUGUUAAUACUCUGGGCUGUUUGUUUUUUUUCUAAAGAAAAGAUUUGACAACAUUGAGGCCUCUGGAGAGAGAAGGCUCCUUUCAGCCUUACUCAAGAAUUUGAGCUGCAGUAUCAAAGCUAUCUGUCUUCAGAUGGGACUAGAGCUUUUCUUCACAACUGCAGUGGGAGAGAUCACAGCAUUACGCUGUGAACGUAUGUUUCUAAUCUGAAGUGCUUUUUUUUAAUUAAGAAAAGAAAAACACAAGAGAGAGAAAUCCUAACCUGAUCUCCCUGCAGGGACAUAGAGGCCUUUAACCAUGGUGCUUGUUUACGACCACUUCUGAAGCUUUACCAGCCAGAAUGUUGGAUUCUGCAGACCACAGGUGUCAGAGGUCUUUGUGAUCUGGUUAUCGGAAUUUCUUGGUCACGACCUGGUUUGGAUUUGUUGUUGCUGCACUCGGUGGAUCCAGACACACAGCAUUGCGGAUUUUUUGGAUUCUGGUGAAAGAUAUGUAGCAGAACGGCACUUUCAUUUCUAAGGGACACUUUAAAAGGACUUCAGUUACAGUAUGUUGUUCAGAGGAAUUGUAAUAGCAAAGUGCCAGGAAGUGUUUUGUUCAGAUGUUUAAAAAUCCUGUUUUAAGAAUAUAUUUAAGACUGAAGAAAACAGGACUUUCAAUGGCAUACAAUAUAUAAUAAUGUAAAUAGUAUUGGAUGACUAGCUAUCAUUGAUGGAAACUAUCAAUACCAAACUGCUUCUCUCUCCCCUUGUUGGUUUGCCGAAAGCUGAAUCCUUAGACCGUGCUAUGCAAUACUGAAUUUUCUUUCGGCUUUGGUCUUGUCUCAAGCAUAUCUACAGGUUAAGCUUGUUUUUCAUUCUUCUUUCCUUGCCUUCUUUUUCUUUCUUUCUUUUGCCUGAGAAUAUAUUUCCUGAUGA